GUCUAUAUUGUGGGAACCAGAAUAUUGGUAACAGAAAGAAAUAACCCCUUUUGUGUGAGUGGGUGUGGAUGAGUGUGCAUGGGGGAGGUUGUUUGGGUUGAUGCACUGAUUGAAAGUGUAUCUUGUGUUUUUUCUAUGUAGAUUUAAUUUAAAAAAAUAAAAAAAUAAAAAAAAUUUUUUAUUUUUUUAAAUUUUUUAUUUUUUUUUAGAACAGGCCCGUGGGCAACUCAUCUGGUCCUAACGGGCGACCUGGUGCCCGCGGGCACCGCGUUGGUGACCCCUGACUUACACUUACAGUGCACAGACGCCAGCAUUAUUGAUUCUGAAGGCUCUAGGCAGAUUUCGUAAAGCAUGGCAACAUAAGCUAGCUGAAUUCUGAUUGGAUAAAAACUCUAUAACCUAAAAACGGCGCUGGAAGGAGCAUGAAAUGACAUGAAGAGAAUAUGAAUAAUUUUAGAUAUGUAGGGAAAAUAAAUUAAAAAUGACUUCUAUCUUUAAUUAUGAUCAUGAUUUCUAGUUAUGUCGGCCCACCACUGGUUGAAUGUGAACCAUUCUGGUGAGACAAAACAACUUUAUUGGUCAAUCGGCGUUUAACAACAUUCCACCGGAAGCUGCCAUCUUUGUUUUGGCUGGAGUGGUAUCGAAGCGGCAUGUUUAGUUAAUUGAUGAAUUAUUAGCCAGGCCAGUGAUAUUUGCUUAAUUUCACGCUGUGGUUGAACAAACAACAAACAAAACGUGUCAUGUCAUUAAAACGGAGCACAACUUUCCUGCAAAGAGACACGAGUGUGCCUUCAUGACAAAGUUUGAAGGACAAAAUAUCCCAAGCAGAUGUGGCCGUGUUUGCCUUUACCAGGAUGUUCUUUUGGGACAGCAGCAGCUACACAGACGAUGAAGACGACGAUCCACUUUGCAGUUGCCAAGGCAUCAACCUCACCAAUUGCCGCCAUGACAGCGUGCGGCGUGCUGCUCAGAAACUCGGCAUUAAAGAGGUGCAGGUGGGUGAAGACUGGACGCUGUUCUGGACUGACGCUCGCCCCUGUGAGGACAAAUUUAAGGAAUUGAAACUAUACCAGAAAAUCAACCAUUUUCCCUCAAUGACUGAAAUCUGCCACAAAAAUUCCCUAGCAACUAACUGGAAGCACAUGAUCAAGUUUUUCCCCAAAGACUACAACAUUUUCCCCAGAACAUGGACCUUUCCAAUAGAGUACAGCCUGUUCAAAACAUACGCUAGGGACAAAGACAAGCGUUACAUUUGUAAACCAAACGCUGGCAGCCAAGGCAAAGGCAUCUCUAUCUUCACGUCUUGGGAAAAAGUGCAGCCUGAGCAGGAUAUGAUCUGUCAGGAAUACAUUGACAAGCCUUUGCUCAUCGACGGCUUUAAGUUUGACAUGCGUAUCUAUGUGCUGGUGACCUCGUGUCACCCGUGGAGGAUUUACAUGUACAAGGAGGGGCUGGCUCGCUUCUGCACAACCAAGUACAAAGACCCAACAGACAAAAAUGUGAACGACAAGUGCAUGCAUCUCACCAACUUCACCAUCAACAAGGACAACGAGAACUUCAUCCACGAUGAGAAGACAGGCAGCAAACGGCGAUUGUCCACACUGAAGAAGCAGCUGAGGUCCAGCUACAGGAACACAGAAAAGAUCUGGAGCAACAUCGAGGACGGCAUCGUGAAGACGCUGGUCUUGGCGCACUCCCGCAUCCAGCACAGCUACAUCACUCACUUCUCCAAGCACAUAGUUGGGAGCGCCUGCUUCCAGGUCCUGGGCUUCGAUGUACUGCUAGACGAGCACUUCAGACCCUGGGUGCUUGAGGUCAAUCAUUCUCCAGAUAUGUCCACGCCGCUGCCUCUGGACCGUGAAGUCAAGGACGCCCUCCUUUAUGACACCCUGGUUCUUAUCAACUUGGGUCCCUUUGACCGAUGCAAGAUGAUAAAAGAGGAGAAGCGCCGUGUGGAGGAGCGCCUGAAACAAAACGUGCGCGCGGAGGAGAGGCAGGAGACGGAGCAACAGCGGCGCGCGGUUAUGGUGGAGGAGAUGGAGACCUAUGAGGACGAGCACCUGGGGGGCUUCAAGAGGAUCUACCCCAGCGAUGGCAAAGAGAAAUACGACAAGUACUUAAAGGUGGAGGACAGGCUCUACAAGAGCAGGAGCAGUGACGUCGGCGGACAUCUGGAAAAUGUGCAGUCGAAAUAAACUUGGAAGUUAACUACACUAUUUAGACGUAUUUAAUGUUCUGUACAGCAUUAACUGGUGGUUGCUAUGGAUACACAAAGGCAAGGCUCAGAAGCCCCCUAGUUUGCAAUUUUAAAUACAGCAAAAGCACCACCUUGUGGCGAAAUGAGCGGACUUAUAUUCCUGAAUGUUGUGCACAGUGUGUAAUCAAUGCUGAUUGCUAUGGAUUCAUUCUGAUACUGCUGAAGCCAUUAAAUUGAGGUGUUGAAGGUGUAAAAGCCUCACAAUUACCGGUAUAAUAUUCACCUCA